UUUAAAAUACUAAAAUUAUAUAAAUGUUACUUUUGUGGUCACGAAAAAUGUAUCAAAGCUGUUGUCUAUUCAAUCCUGUUGAAAUAAUGCGUUUGUGCUCUAUGAUAGGGUGUUUUCAAACGUUAUCCUUGCUUAAGGACGACCCCCACGUUUUAUGAACCUUUACCGAUGGACAUCUUAUAUAUCCAUAAAUUUGUGAAUAAACAUGUAAACUAGAUAGACAAAUUGUAAUUGUGAUAAACACAGCAAAUUGUUUACAAACUGAAAAAAUGGCUAAUGUUCAUCAUGAGCGAUCAGAUGAAUGUGGUGUGCUGUAAAUCAGUUGGAACUGAUCUAUCCAUGUUGGAUAUUGAGGAUAUGAUGACCGAGAACUUUCAGCUGAGGAAAGAGGUGGCGUUACUGCAGGCAAAGCUUGAGGAGUACGCUAAAGUGAACAAAAAGGAUGCAUCUGGUGUCUCUGUCUGUGGCUUCACUGAUCAAACAUCUACAAAGCUUCUUUUUUCUACCUGUAAUGAAGCCCAAAAUACAUCGGUGAACCUGCUGGACUGCGGGAUGGAGCUAAAACAAGAACCCACAGAAGAAGAAGAAGAACAGACAGAUGAAGGUGGUUUGAUUUAUUUAGACCCGUCAGAAGUGAGGGAGGACAUUUCUGAACAGGAUGAAAUAGAUGAGAAACCUUAUCAUGUAAUACUUGUAGAAGAUUCCCUGAGCUACUUACAGACUCUAUCACCUGAAAAAUCUCAACAAACAAAAGUUAAAGAUUCUCUUAAGUGUCCACAGUGUGGAAGGAUCUUCACUCGUAAAAACCACCUUUCCAUACACAUGCGAAUUCACACUGGAGAAAAGCCUUUCAGAUGUGACCAGUGUAGUAAGGCUUUUAUUCGUAAGUAUGACUUAAAUGUGCACAUGCGGAUUCACAGCGGAGUUAAGCCUUUCAUAUGUGGCCAGUGUGGAAAGACCUUCAUACGAAAUUCUGACCUCAGUGUGCACAUGCAAGUUCACAAUGAAGACAAGCCCUACGGAUGUGACCAGUGUGAUAAGACCUUCCAUCGUAAGUAUGACUUAAACGUGCACAUGGGAGUUCACACUGGAGAGAAUCCUUACAGAUGUGACGUGUGUGGAAAGAACUUUACUCGUAAGAGCAACAUUAAUGUGCACAUGCAUAGUCAUACUGGAGAAAAGCCUUACAGAUGUGACCUGUGUGGAAAGGCCUACACUUGUAAGAGCAACCUUACUUUGCACAUGCGAAUUCACACUGGAGAAAAGCCAUACAGAUGUGAGCAGUGUGGAAAGACCUUCACUCGUAAAAACAUCCUUUUUAUGCAUAUGCGAACUCACACGAGAGAGAAGCCUGAACUAGAGUAAAAAUUUCCUUCAAUUCUGUAUUAUUAACAUUUGAAAGCUUACAAUUGUCCACAUUGACAAAUUAUUACAUAAAGUAUGUAAAAUGUCACUAGACCUUAUCAUGUUGUGUAUCAUACUAUGACACACUGUACAAUAUAAAGUAAUUGUAUUUUGUUGUAUACAAAUCACGACACCUUGACGCAAAUUAGGGCUAGAUUAAAAUACCCAACCUUGUUUCCUGUCCAAUAUUGACCCACCCAUGGGUUAAAAACAACCCAGCAUUUCUGUAUAGUUUCCGCUAUUAAAUAAGGUGCUCUUCAUAAUCUGUGUUUCUUUAUUAAUUGUUAGGCUUCAGGGCUCAACAUAAAGGACUGCACGGUGGCCCGGGGCAAGCGUGCGAGACAUUCGGGCCAGUAAAAAGUAUUGUCAUCAAUAUAUAUAAUUUAUCAUCUUUGCAAGCAGACAUUUACUUGGGUAAAACACGACGAAAGAAAUUAUGCAAUAUUUUGCACAGUUUGCUGUCAGUUUACAGGUAAAGCAGAAAAGUUUUUCGUUGGAACAUGUCUGUUGUAUACAAUUAUAUUUGACUUUUGAAUUAUUAUUUUUAAAUAUGUGAUAGACACUGAAUUUUUUUAAUUGGGGCAAGUGAAAAUUUUGGCAGGGCAAGUGAAAACCUGAACCACUGGCACGACCGGGCCAGUAUAAAAAAUUCUUUGCGUUGAGCCCUGGGCUUGUUUUGUGUUUUUAUGUAUGGUUAGGCUAACAAGGCCAUUGAGAAACAAUUGUCAUUGUUCUUCAUUUUCUUUGUUCAUUGACCUUUCAUCUUGAUGCUCAAGAAAACAUAUUGUUUAGAAGAAACAUUAGGUUGGUUUAAUGUUAUUAUAUAUUAUAAAGAUUUUUAUAUCUAUAUACAGUCAUAUAAAAUAAAAUAAAAUUUU